AUGGACGCCAUGGCGUACAUGUUUUCUGUUGCUCGCGAAAAUAGCUCCAGCGUGUUAGAGUUUAAACCAGAAUGUAUUAUGGGGGAAGAUUUAAUGAGUUUGAGCAGCAAAUUUCCACUUAUCCCUGGUUCGCAAAGGUCGAUAGCGUUCUGCACAACCAUGCUUUCACAAAAGGUAAGGAAUGUUUUUUUAUUGUUUGUCCUUCUCGACGUAGGCUUGGUUCGUGAUCAGUAACUUCAGUUAAUUUAUGAUAAUUAUCCCUGAAUGUCUUAAGCUCGUGGAAUGCUAAAUCGUUUACUGUAUGUUGGCUUUACAGUGUCCCGGCGAUCAAGAAGCUCGUGAUUUUAUUGCUGCAGUUGUUUAGCUCUCAGAUUUCCAUAUUUAAUUGUUCCGAUUUGUAUUAGAGUGCUUACGAAUGUAGGGCGGGUCAGAAUUUAGAUUGUUUUUUAAUACAGUUUUUUUUUUUUUGGAAUAGUGUUCGCGUAGCUACGCGGUUUUUUUCUGAGUACCAGGACAACAAUCUUCAUCUUGAAGAGCUUCCUUUACACAGUUCGUGCAUAUAUUUAUUAUUCCGAGAAAAUAAGAUUGUUCUAUAUAGGAAGAUUGCAAUUUUCGAGUUUGUUGUCGUCCUGUUACCAGUUAGAAAACCAUGAUUAUGUUAUUGCUGACCAACCCACAACAAUCUUCAAAGUAAUAAGUUAUGUUUAAUAACCUUUAACUGGACCAUAUUAUAUUGCAGUUGCGAGAAAUGCCGUCAGAUGCAGAUUUCGAUCUAACGGAUCCUUAUAACACCGCGCCUCGUUACAAUGUCCUACACGAUCCACAUUUGAAAGAGUAUUUUCAAAGUCCGACCAUGAGAAAAAGACUCGUUGAAAAAGGUAUGACUGUGAUCGGCGACUUAUCUUUAAGAGGCCUGCAAGCCCGGUUAACAGGGCUUUCGAGAUAAGGUACCGUAAACUGUCUCUCAUAAGCCCGGCCACUUAUACGCAUUCCCAUACCGAUACCUCCGAAAAUUAGCGUCUCUAGAAUUUGUUUCUUUUUAUUUCUUAGUGGCCCAGUUGUUCCAAGGCCAAUUAGCGCUAACCUGAAGUUAAAUGUUAAUCCGGGUUUCCUUUGUGUUGUUCAAAGCCAACAUCUAGGAUAAUUUUCUCUACUCUUUUUAGAGCAUCCAAUCAUCAAAUUGUAGACCAAAGGAAUUAGACCUAACUUCCUUUUAACGGGGCAAUGUCACGAGGAUACAGUCAACUCUCUCUAAGACGGACACCUUUGGGACCGGCAUAGGGUAGUUCAAGAUAACCCAAGUUUAGUGUGAAAUUUGAAUUGGAAUAUGAGAGCUUAAAGGGGCUACGUCACGCUGUUUGCUGUCUUCACAGUCAACUCUCUCUAAGGCGGACACCUUUGGGACCGGCACUAAGUGUCCGUCGUCUUAGAGAGGUGUCCGUCUUAUACAGCUAGAGUCAAAUAAAAGGAGUAAAGAAAGGCAGGGACCAACUCUAGGUGUCUGUUUUACAGAGGUGUCGGUCUUAUACAGAGUCAAAUAAAAGGAGUAAAGAAAGGCAGGGACCAACUCUAGGUGUCUGUUUUACAGAGGUGUCCGUCUUAUACAGAGUCAAAUAAAAGGAGUAAAGAAAGGCAGGGACCAACUCUAGGUGUCCAUUUUACAGAGGUGUCUGUCUUAUAGAGAGUCAAAUAAAGGGAGUAAAGAAAGGCAGGGACCAACUCUAGGUGUCCGUUUUACAGAGGUGUCGGUUUUAUAGAGGUGCCCGUUAAGAGAGAGUCGACUAUAUUGCUGUUUUAGGUAAAUUCUUUGCAGAAGUCAUUACUUAGUGUCUUUAAUCAUACACGAAAUUUAGAGUUGAGAGACUUGAGGAAGAUACCAAAUAAAAUUCAACACGGACUACCAACAAUUAUUUUUUUCGCGAUUUUUUUAGGCAUAGCAUUAAAAAGCCAACUUUUUCAAGUUUCAAUCGAUGUUCAUCCUUGCCCAUCCGUUGCAACAGACGACAGGAGACAGUUUCAAUGUCUAAACAUGGUCUUAAAUGACAAAACUGGACCAUAAUUUUUGGAAUUUAAUUGUUGCGCAAAACGUUUCAAUUUACAGUCGACUCUCUCUUAACGGACACCUCUAUAAGACGGACACUUCUGUAAAACGGACACCUGGAGUUGGUCCCUGCCUUUCUUCACUCCUUUUAUUUGACUCUGUAUAAGACGGACAUCUCUCUAAGACGGGCACUUAGUGCCGGUCCAAAAGGUGUCCGUCUUAAAGAGAGUUGACUGUGAAGACAGCAAGCAGCGUGACGUAGCCCCUUUAAGCUCUCAUAUUCCAAUUCAAAUUUCACACUAAACUUGGGUUAUCUUGAAUAACCCGGCCGUGCAGAAGUUAAAAGAAGCGAAAAAAAGGCUCAUUCUUAUCUCUUAAAAGCCUCUUAAGCAGCUUUAUUGAGAGGGAUAGUGAAAAGACUGGCAAUAGACCCAUUCGGCUAAAUCAAUGUUGUACCCA